CACGACAGACGACGCAGGAACGCUAUUCCAAUCGCUUCGGCAGCACAGUCAGCGAUGCAAGGUACCUGGCAGGGAGUGCUGAUCAGGUGGAAGUGACGGAAUAAUUAUGCAGCAAUAAAUGACGAUGGACCGAUUAUCUACUGCCUACAGGAGCGACCACGACCUGGUCGUCGGAACACCGACUUUAGCGAUAGCGAAGAGGUUGAAGGAUGGGAGAUACAAAACACGCCUACAUUGGCACCAAAAUGCUUUACAUGACGACAGUCAUCCCCGCUGGCACCAGCACCCGCCUCAAAAAACCAGUGAAGCAAGACCCGUGAAAACUUCGAGUUUUUACAUUAUGUCACCGUCCUAUGUGCUCGUUACAGGAGCCACCGGCUUCAUCGGAGCUCAUGUCGUUGACGUGUUACUUAAUCGAGGCAUCAAAGUCCGUGGAGCGACUCGCUCAAUGCAGAAAGGAAAUGCUAUGAUACAAGCUCGGCCGCAAUUUGCUUCGCAGCUUGAUUUCGUGCAGAUCGAGGAUUUCGAGAAGAGUGGGGUGUUUGAAGAAGCUGUCAAGGGUGUUGAUGCUGUGAUGCAUGUUGCGAGUCCUUUUACGUACGAUACCACGGACAAUGAGAAGGAGCUCAUCCUCCCAGCCAUCAAUGGCGUCCGCUCAAUUCUCGAAGCCGCAAGCAACAGCAACGUUCAGCGGAUCGUGAUCACAUCAUCCUUUGCAGCAGUCAUAGACGUGAACCGAAAGGCGCCACCAUACUUCACCUACACAGCCGAAGACUGGAAUCCACUCACCUAUGAGGAAUCCAUCGAUCCAGAAACAAAGGCAGUCGUCGCGUACAGAGGAUCCAAGAAAUUCGCUGAGCUCGAAGCAUGGAAUCAUAUCAAGGAGAAGAAGCCUAAUUUCGACAUAGUGACUUUGUGCCCACCGAUGACGUUUGGUCCGGUCAUUCACCCUGUCGAAGGCGUUAGUAGCCUUAACGAGUCGAACAAGAUGUUGUGGAACGUUGCGAGUGGGGAACCUCUGCCAGUCGCCAGAGUGCCGUUUUGGGUCGAUGUGAGGGUUUUGGCGGCGGCUCAUGUAGAGGCGCUGUUCCGACCCGAAGCUGGGAAUAAGAGGUUCGUUGUUGCUUCUCCAGAGCGCUUUUCGUACUCGCUGGCUGGAGAGAUCAUCAGGGAGAAUCUUCCUGGUCAGACUGGGAAAAUAUCACAAGAGGUGCAAACUGUUGAUGAUUCGCAUGGACUUGAUGGAAAGACUGCUUCCAAAAUCCUUGGGAUCACAUAUAGACCAUUUACGGAGACGGUGGUUGAGCUGGUUUCACAGGCCAUGAAGAUGAAUGCUGGCUGCGCUUGACGGGGUGAAUGACGAUUAGCUGUGUAUAAAGACAUAGAAAAUGCAGGUAGUGGCCACCAGCCUCAAGAAUCAUCAUAAAGACGAGGAAAGUAAAGUCUAAAAGGCAUUGCACAAUUUGGGAACUAGGUAUCUUUUGUUGUAAAUUUCCCGUUUGCUGAGGGAGCCAGA